AUGGGGAACUCAUUAGAGGCAUGGAGAGCUGCAAUUGGAUCAUUCUGCCCUGCUGCUUGUGCAGGACCAAAAAAGAAUCAACUUCAAGAUUUCAUUGGCAUAGAUUUCAAUUGUAAAUAUUAUCGAUUGUUUUGGUUCUUGGUGCUGACAAGCCUUUUAAUUAUUGCCAAUGUUGAGUCUAAUCCUGGACCCGCUUAUCAGUGUCAGAAAUGCAGUGAAACAUUUGAAACUCUGAGGGGGAAUGCAGAACAUCAGCAAAGUGUACACUCUCUUGAACGGAAGUUUGUGUACUCUUGUGCAUGGCCUUCUUGCGGGCACCUCAUAUUUUGCACAUUCAAGGCAUUAAGUGUUCAUCUGUGCAAAUUUCAUGAUAAAGACACGAGAAGUAACGUUGGUACUGAGAGACUGCAAUGUUCAUCUCCUGGAUGCACCCAGGAAGCCAGUUCAAUGACAAAUUUGUGUCACCAUCUGAUUAAUGACCAUGGAGUGAAAAGUAACGAAACAAUUAGAUGUCCUUUUCCUUCUUGUAAGAGAGGUCCAUAUAAAAUUUCAACGUUCAGAGUGCACUUGAGUGACUAUCAUGAUGGCUGGCUGCAUAACAAAUCCUCGACUAUAUCUGAAACUAGCAUUGAAAAUGCAGGUCUAUUUGAUUUUGAUCUAAAUACUAGCAUGAAUGAUGAUGAUCCACCAACAACUGAAAAUCAAUUUGAGGAGCACCACGAAAAUAAUGAGAUUCAUGAGGAGACAAGAUUUUAUCAGCAGGUCGCACGUUUUUACUUGAUGAUGGAAGCUGAAUUCAUGCUGCCCACAUCAACUGUCCAGGCAAUUUCUGUAGCCCUUGCUAAUUUAUUUCGUGUCAAUAUUGGUUUCAUUAAAAAAGCGGCUAUCAGGGAAUUGGAAGGAAUACAGCUAAGUCCAACGGAGAAGGAGAAUAUGUUGUCAGCAUUAUUACUGUCUGACAAACUCUUUUGUUGUCAUUCCAAAGAAAUAAAUGGAGCCUCUUUUAUCACAGAUGCUACGAGGAAAACGUUUUACAAAAGAAACUUUACUUACAUUGAGCCACAGGAAAUAAAUUUAUCAAAAGAUCCUACAAGUCGCAAAUGUAUCCAUGUUGUUUCUAUAAAAGAAACACGUGAAGUUUUGCUCCCUUGCCCUUCUAUCAAAAAGCAAGUGGAGGAAAGUUUUCGAUCUCAGGAGCAAGGGCCAAGAUCAGACAAUUGUUUCAGUGACUACCGUGAUGGAUCCGUCUACAAAAAUAGUAAUUCUUCAAAGAAGAGGACAAUUGACCUCAACAUUUUCAUGGAUUCAUUUAAUCCUCUCAAAGAUCUUGGAGCAGCUGCUGACAACUAUGAUACCUUAGGAAUGUACAUGACUAUUGGCAAUUUAAAGCCACAUAUCAGAUCAAAAUUGCAAUCAAUGCAUUUAGUCAUGUUAAUUCCUAAAUUCAAGGAUAUGUACAAGCAAUUUAAAGAUAAGUGUUUUAAGCAUGUGAUUUCUGAAUUGAAAUUGUUAGAGGAAAAUGGCAUUAACUUUAAUGGUGAAAUUAUUCCUGUUGUACUUCAGUUCCUGAUAGGCGACAGUAAGGGCCAAAAUCAGAUUGGUGGUUUUGUGGAAAGCUUUACAGCUUUGCAUUAUUGUCGAUUCUGCCCCAUGUCACGAGAUGACUUUCGUGCAACGCCUUGGGGAAGAAGUGAACAACUUCGCACCAAAGAAAGUUACAGGGAAGAUGUAAGAGAAUUCAAAAGAUUGAAGCUUGAUGAUAAUGCCAUAUCACACUACAAUGGUGUGAAGAGCUCAUCACCUUUUAAUGAACUCAAUGAUUUUCAUGUCACUGAUCCCAGAUUGUGUCCAUGCAUUGCACAUGACAUCUUUGAAGCCAUAGGAGACAGGUAUGAUAUGUCUGAAAUCAUUAAUCAUCUUGUUGAGAAUAGCUGGUUUUCUUUAGCAACAUUGAACAGUCUGAUUCGGAAGUUCAAAUACUCAUCUUCAGACCUGAAGAAUAAACCAGGCAAAGUGCAGGAAAAUAAAAUGGGUGGACAUGCAAUUCAAAAUUGGACACUUCUGCGUUUGUUGCCCAUAAUAAUUGGCGAAUCAAGAAUCUUAGACCCUUCUGAUGCAUAUUGGCAGCUUUACCUCAAACUCAAGAAUAUAACUGAGUAUGUAUGUGCACCAUCUAUCACAAUUGACCAAGUUGAUCUUCUUAAACUGUUGAUUGAGGAGUAUCUGUUUGACCGUCAAAAUUUACUGGACCGACUACCACAGCCAAAGCAUCACUUUUUAAAUCACUAUUCUGAACUUAUCGAAUUGAUGGGUCCUUUAAUACAUUUAUUUACUAUGCGAUUUGAAAGUGUUCACAAGUUUUUCAAACAGUGUGCUCGAAAUGCUAAAAAUACCAUAAAUAUUGGAAUGACCAUGUCAAAAAAAUCAGCACUGUAUUUUUGCUAUUUGUCAACUGGUUUUUGGAAUCCUGAGGGCAUUGCAACGGUUGGAGAGGAAGUCUUGGACAUAUACUCCGAUACACAUGACCAAGACACAAGAGCUGAAAUGCGCAGACAAUCCUUUUCAGUGAAUGCUCAUGAAGCAAAAUGUGUUGCAAUUGGAGAUAAUGAAAUCAAAAAGGAAGACUGGCUGCUUCUGAAAUGCACUUCAGUAAACACAAUUAUUGUUGGUUUUGUACAGUGCAUUGUCAUUAACGAAGGAGUGGUUACUUUUGUCAUGAAACAGUUUACAUCAUCCUUGUGGGCGGAUUAUGGACUUUAUAAAAUUGAUCAGAAUUCUGAAUUGGGCAUUCUCUCGACUCCGUACACUGAUUUGAGCUACCCAAGAGCUCAAUCAGUCUAUUCCUUUGGAGGACAUCAGUGCUUUUCUCUGAAGCACCAACUAGUUUGUUCUGCAUAUGAAGAUUAA